AUGGGAUCGAUAUCGAUGGGUGCCACUCUUUCAGUACAAGACGGCCGCAUACCUCCACUUCCCUGCAUCGUCGCAAACGCUGGCAAAUAUGAACAUGGCCAGACGUUCACCAACAAGAAUUUCCAUUACCAGUGCCAAAAUGGAACAGCUGAAGUUGUCGCUUGUAUUGCCGAUGAUCAAUCAGUAAUUCAACUGGGUCGUACCUUUGUACGAAAUGGUAUCAUGCACAAAUGUACGAUUGUUGGAGAUUCGGUGACUUACGAACAGGAAGCAAUGUGUUUCGACAACGGUGUCCAUUACUCGAUUGGUGACACAUUCCGUAACGGCUCAUUCCGCUUGACUUGCGGACGAGAUGGUAUUACCAUUGAAGGGUGCUAUUUGCAAAAUUCUGGUGGAUACUUGAUGGCUGGCGAGUCCAGAAUCGUUGGCAGACAACGCCACGAGUGUGAGGUUCUAGCUGACGGGCGCGUAAGGUAUCAAGUAAAAGUGAUUGGAUGCGUACGUGAAGGCCAACAGUACAAUAUUGCCCAGGUGUUCACCGACAGGCAUGUUCGAUAUCAGUGCAAAAACGACGGGACGUUGGAUGUGUUAGGAUGUAUCGAUGAUGGACUUUUCCUCGAUUUGGGUCGUGAUCUUCUGAUGAAUGGAAUGGUUCAUAGAUGUUAUCAGGUCGGGACGACAACGUUCUAUCACAAGUGA